CAAGAGUCAAGUCACUCACUCGCUCACCUCACCGCGUUCUGUUUCAUUCUCCGAUCACUCACCGCGCUCUGUUUUCAUUCUCCGAUUACUCCCCCUUUUCUCUUUCCGAUUAUCGAUCCAUCGCCAUGGAGAUUGCGAGACCUGUGAUUGUCCGAGAGGUCUGGGCGCAUAACCUGGAGAAAGAGUUCGCCUUGAUACGUGUGGCCCUCCCCGGUUGCAGAAUCGCUGCUAUCGACACAGAGUUCCCAGGUCACAUCUUCAAGUCCCAAGUCGACGGCCACCUGAUCGCCCACCUCCCUCCUGCGGAGACCUACGAGCUGAUGAAGUCGAACAUUGACGCCCUCGAGAUCAUUCAAGUCGGCCUCGCCCUCUCCGACUCCUGCGGCCGGCUUCCCCACUUCGGCACUCCGUUUUCCUAUGUGUGGCAGUUCAAUUUCCAGGAUUUUGACAUCGAGACCAAUGCAUAUAAUGAGGAGUCGAUCAACCUGUUGAAAUCCCAGGGCAUUGAUUUCUCGAAGAACAGGGAGAUGGGUAUCUCGUCCCGCGACUUCGUGAGGCAGCUAUUCCUCUCUGGCCUCAUCGGUGGUGGCCGUCCCAUUAGUUGGGUCACUUUUCACGGGUCCUACGACUUCGGGUUCAUGAUCAAGAUGCUGACCCGGCAACCCCUUCCGACCCACAUGCUCGAUUUUCUGAGAUUGUUGAAACGCUUCUUCGGGUUCUGCAUUUACGACGUGAAGCACAUGAUCAAAUCUUGUGACGGCCUUUACGGGGGCCUAGAGCGGGUCGCGAAGUCCCUCAAUGUUGAUCGAAUCGCUGGUAAGAGCCAUCAGGCUGGGUCCGACAGCCUCCUCACCCUUCAAACAUUUUUCAAGCUGAUUGGGAGCCGGAAGCCAUUCACAGACAACACUGAGGGUAUGGCUCUGUUCAGGUUCUGUUCGGUGCUGUUUGGAUUAGAAGCUCCUAUGCAGUGGAGAUGUUCCGGUCUUCUGUUCGGGUCGCAUCUCCAUUGGGAUAACUUCCAUGCUCGACACUUAUGUUGAUCUUUUAAUUUCCGGAAUAUCAGAUGUCUGAAAAGAAUGCUAUUUCUUGUAAAUCCGAUAGGUGUUUUAGUCAUAUCUCCUUGUAUAUUCUGCAUCCAAGUUCUACUGCAAUUCUCUUUACCGUAA